AUGAACCAAGAUAUGUUCACAACACAUCUGACAUUUUUUGAUGAUGAUGUGGAUUUUAAUUUUGGAGAAGAGGAUUCAACCUCUAUUGAGGGAAGUGUACCACCAUCAAUAACUAAAACCGAAACAAAACUUCAUACAUCUAAAGACAAUUUAACACCUAUCAAAGUCAAAAGAAAAUGUGGAAGACCUCGUAAUCCUAUACCCAGACAUAAGCGUGUGUCUCAUAUAAAUGCUGAGCACAGAAGAAGAGGCAAAAUACAGAACUGUUUCCGAACAUUGAAAAACAUGGUGCCAAAACAUGGCGAAGUUACUUCCGGUAGAGACAGCAAAUCAGACAUCUUAUUUAAAGCUAUAGAUUACAGUAAGAAAGUAUUGGCAGAAUGUGAGGAACAAAAGGUUUUAAUAGAAUCUCUUCAACAAGAAAUACAGCAACUAAAUCUAGAAACACAACAGUAUCAGGACUAUCUACCACAUACCAAUAUCUUUGAUACUUCAUUGUACACACUCGAUGAUCGACUAGAAGAAUAUAUACAAUAUCGUACUCGAGAUAACUGGAAAUUCUGGAUUGUAUCCUUUGAGAACUAUUAUCUGUUGUACAGCUUUUUCAUUCGUCCAGUAUUUGAAUCAUUUAAACAAACCGUUAUAUCAGCCACAUUUGACACGUUUAAUUAUUCCAUAUUAGAUUGGGCAACUAAUGGUAUAUUGUGUUCACUUAGAGAUGGUAUGUCGAGUGUGUUGCGUCAAAUCAGUACUGAUACAUCCAUAAUGACUGAUCCUAAUUAUGUACCACAUGAAGCCUUAGUACAAACUGGCAAUAUGUAUGAACAGAACUAUAAUGAUAUUAAUCCUACAAUAACGCCUGAUCCAGAAUUAGGAUUAUUACAAAUGUGUUAUACAUCCCUCUGA